AUGCCCAAGUAUGCAAAGUUUAUGAAAGACCUCCUGAUUAACAAGCGAAAAUUGGAGGAAUUAGAAACAGUUGUAUUACCACAGAACUGCUCUGCGAUGAUUCAGAGGAAACUCCCUAAGAAGUUGACUAACCUAGGGAGUUUCAGUAUUGCAUGUAUGAUUGGGGAAGGCAUGCAAGAAAAGGCCUUGGCAGAUUCUGGGGCCAGCAUCAAUGUGAUGCCCUACAAGCUAUUUUUGAAGCUGGGAUUGGAAGACAUGAUCCCUACAAGGAUGACAAUACAACUUGCAGACCGGUCCAUACAGGCUGUAUACGGCCCUUAUGGACACUUGUGGCUGGUUUCAGGGACUUGCAUUUGUCAUGGAGGCCGCAAGAGACCCUCCCACGAGGACCACAGCCCAGUGGCCUGA